AGAAACAGAGUGGGAAUUUCGGUUCGAAUUAAUAAUAAAAAAAUAAAAUCAAUCCUCCAAUCGUCCUGUCCAAAACACUAUCCUAGUCUUUAAUUUCUUUCUUUCUAAUUUUUCUUUUUUAAUUAAUCCUUCAUCAGCUCCAACAAACAGAAAUUUCGCAACCAAACCAUUUCUCUCUCCCUCUCUGUAUCAACCUAUAGAUAUAACCAUAUAUAUACAUUUUAUAUACAUAUCUAGAGAGAGAAAGAGAUUAUGUCGCAGAGCAACGGAAGCAGUUGCGGCGGCGGCGGGCCCGAUUUCCACCUGUCCGACGAGAUUCUGUCGGUGAUUCCGACGGAUCCGUACGACCAGCUGGAUCUGGCUCGGAAGAUCACUUCCAUGGCCAUAGCCUCGCGCGUCUCGAAGCUCGAGGCGGAGAUGGGGAGGAUGAGGCAGAGGCUCCACGAGAAGGACAGGAUCGUCCUCGACCUCGAGGAAAAGCUCACCCGCCUCCACCACGCCAAUUCCGACGCCGAGUCACGCUUGAAGCGCGCUCUCGACGAGAACAUGAAACUCUCCAAUGAGCGUGAUUCAUUGGCAAUGACAGCAAAGAAACUAGGCCGUGAUUUGGCAAAGUUGGAGACAUUUAAGAGACAGCUGAUGCAAUCACUAAAUGAUGAGAAUUCAUCUCCAGCUGAAACAGUUGAUAUUGGGACCUGUGACCAAUCAGUACCCAAGGCGCAUCCAGAUAAGAAUACUGAUGACGUGACCAAUGGCUACAAUGGAAUACAUUCCUCAAGCGGUUCUACAGAUAUGGGAAGCACAAUAGACGAAGCAUCAAGGAAUAGGUAUUCCAUGACUGCAUAUAUCACACCACGGCUUACUCCAACUGGAACUCCGAAAGUUAUUUCCACAAGUGGGUCCCCUAGAGGAUAUUCUGCUUUUGCUUCUCCACAGCGAACCUCUGGUGCCACUUCUCCUACAAAACUGCCAUAUGACGGACGAUCAUCAUUGUCUUCAUGGUAUCCCUCAAGCCAACAGUCAUCAGCAGCAAACUCUCCUCCUCGCGGUCGUUCAUUGCCAGGGCGCACUCCUCGAAUUGAUGGCAAGGAGUUCUUUCGUCAAGCUCGGAGUCGUCUAUCGUACGAACAAUUUAGUGCAUUUCUAGCUAAUAUCAAGGAGCUAAAUGCUCAAAAGCAAACUCGAGAGGAAACUCUAAGGAAAGCAGAAGAGAUAUUUGGGACUGAUAACAAAGAUCUUUAUCAAUCAUUUCAAGGAUUGCUUAACCGUAACGUACACUAGAGCUUCAAGUAUUUCUUCGUUGGAAUGUUCUAUAAUAAGUGAGGCAACAGGGCUCUUAGGAUGUGCGCAUGAUGUAACAUGAAUGGGGUUUCAAGUCAAUUGUCAAUUGUUCAGUUUGGCAGGUUGUGGAUCCACUCAGUCCCAGCCAACUUUAACUGGAUGGUUUAUUGGUCGUUCUUUGUUUAUCCUGUCUGGAAUUUCGGCUAAUAUUGGCUUAAUUAAGCAUCUUACUUUCAAAAAGCUGGAGCAGAAAUUUUGUACGUUGCUUUAUGUAUCGUUAAAUGCAGGUGUGCUUCUUUAUCCCAAAAAAAAAAAAAAAAAAAUGCAGGUGUGCUUGUACAUAGUUGCUUUAUGUUUUGCACUACCUGCUCGGUUACUUGCGGUCCUCGGAGAUUUGAGAGGCAUUUCGUUUUGUGUACAAAAAGAAUUAUCUUGAAUGCAUCGGAUACGUGUGUCCUCUCUUUCUCAAUUUAUCAGACUGUUUAAUCCACAUAUUGUAUCACGACUGUUAAUUCAGCCAUCUCAUGCUUAUUCAAUAUUGAAGCUAUUUGAUCCUGAUUGUAAUACAAUUUUGGUUUUGAACA